AUGUCCGCAUCUGAAUCUUCCCUUGGAAAGCUCAUACACACUUCCUCUCUUGUGGAGGGUGUUAGAGUCAUUGCUUUCAAUCGUCCUCAGAAGCGGAAUGCCCUAUCUACAGAGCUCUUGAAUGAAUUUCUUGAUGCGCUGUCCACGGCUUCUAAAGAUCCGGCAGUCAAAGUCAUUGUGCUUACUGGCACUGGAGGCUUUUUUUCAGCUGGAGCCGAUCUGCAGGAUAUCGCAGCGCUCGACGCGGCUGGCGCUAGAUCAUGUCGAUAUCUUGAGAACCUUUGCAACGGCAUGGCGGCAGUUCGGAAGCCUCUUCUGGCAGCUGUCGAAGGACCUGCACUUGGGGGUGGAUUCGAGGUUGCCCUUAUGUGCGAUAUGAUAUUUGCAUCUCAAACUCGAACCUACUUUGCGCUGCCAGAAGUCAAACGAGGCCUGAUUCCCGGCGCCGGAGGCACUCAGCGCCUCACAGCUGCGCUCGGAAAAUUCAAGGCAAUGCGUACAAUUCUCUUGGGCAAACCUAUCUCUGCCGAGGAAGGACUUUCACAUGGCCUCGUUUGUGAACUCUUCGAAGACGGCACGGUGCUUGAAAAUACUGUCAAGGUGGCCGCCGAUCUAGCCGCCAAUGCGACCGAAGCUAUGCAGCUUGCCAAAGAUGCCAUCUGCCGUGCCGACAGCCUUGGGCGUGAUGACGAAUACGAGAGGACCCUCUACUACAUCACAAUGGGCACCGAAGAAAAGGUUAGGGGUGUCAACGGAUUCCUCAAGAAGAAAUGA